AUGCCCCACGUCCUCCACGUCGUCCUCGACGACGUCGGCUGGGACGAUCUGUGGGAGUCGCGCGACCUGCCGCCGGCCGUCGUGUCGCCCACGAUCUUCCGCCUCGCCAAGGAGGGCGUCAAGUUGACGUCGUACUACGGCCAGAGCUACUGCACGCCCGCGCGCGCGGCGCUCCUCACGGGCAAGUUCGUGCACCGCCUCGGGUUCGCGAGCCCCGAGGCGGACUACUGGGGCCCGCUCGAGGUCGUCGGCGACGCGAACUACAGCGUGCCCCUCGGCCACGAGCUCCUGCCGGCGCAUCUCCGGAAUUUAGGCUACGCGACGCACGGCGUCGGCAAGUGGAACGUCGGCCACUGCGCGACGGAGUACCUGCCGUGGAAACGGGGCUUCGACACGUUCCUCGGCUACUUCAGCGACGGCAUCCACUACACGACGCACGCCGUCGACGAGUACGGCGGCGGCGUCAUCUCGGCCGACGACGACGCCGUCGACGAGGCCCACACGCUCGCGGAUCUCGUCUACUACGACGGCGACGACGCAUCCUUCCGCUGGGACCGCGGCCUGGACUUUCUCGGCGAGCACACGACGGCCGUCUUCGCGCGCGAGGCGCUCCGGCGGCUCCGCGGCGGCGGCGACGCCGCGAAGUACGUCUGGCUCGCCUUCCACGGCGCCCACGACAACGAGGGGAGCCUCGAGGGCGUGGACGUCGACGACGACGCGUUCGACGGACUGGCGGAGACGCUCACCGCGGGCCGGCUGGCCUUUGCGAAGAAUCUGCGGUUCAUGGACGACGCGAUCUUCGGCCUGAAGCGCGCGCUGCUCGACAGCGGCCGCGACUUCCUCGUGGCGGUCCACAGCGACAACGGCGGCUUCCCCUGCGCGCGGUACCUGGGCGGCAGCAACGCGCCGCUUCGCGGCGCGAAGUUCGACUUCAUGGAGGGCGCGCUGCGCCUGCCCGCGCUGCUCUACUCGCCGACGCUCCUGAGCACCGUGGCCCGCGGCCGCGCCUACAACCACCUGUUCCACCACGUCGACUGGCUCGCGACGUUCCUGUCGGCGGCGACGGCGACGGCCGCGCCCGAGGUCGCGGCGAAGCUCGGCCCGGGCUACGACUCCGUGGACCACAUGGGCGCCAUCAACGACGCCCAGGUCACGGGCCCGCGGACGCGCGCGCCGGCGCGCAUCCUCUUCUCCGUGUCCGCGACGGGCUUGGUGGUCCGCGACGGCGACUACAAGCUCAUCCGCGAGUACGGCGACUCGGGCUGGUUCGAGCCGGACCUCGACGCGUCGGGCUUCUCCCGCGAGGACGCGAAGCGCGUCUGCUUCGAGGGCGACGAGCCCCAGACGUUCCUCUUCAACGUCCGCGACGACCCGGAGGAGCGCGCGAACGUCGUCGACGCGCUCCCCGACGUCGCCGCGCGGCUCGCGGCGUACGGCGACGACGCCUACCGGGACGAGUUCUUCCACUUCCCGCUGGAGCGCGCCUGGAUCUUCCACGAGCUCGACGACGAGGAGGCCGCGCGGCUCCGCGCGACGUGGAUCGACACGUCCGACGACGACGUCUACCGCUUCAUCGCGCCCUGGGGCUGCAUGCUCGUCUUCGACGACGGGUCCACGGCGCCGGGCGGCGCCGGCGUGCGCCUCGAGGACACGCGCGGGCCGGGGUAA